AAUGGACGGUGCCAAUGGAUCGUUGACCGUUUGCUUACCUUUGGUCGGUUAAAUUCUAUUCCCAAAGAUGACGGUUACAUACUCGUCGGUUGUGGCAACUGCGAAAUAUUGGACUUUUAUAAGAUUAUUGUUUAUGUGGAAAGGAAGCGUUUAUCGUCUGGUUUGGUUCGAGUUCUUGGUCUUCGUCGGUAUAUACUCCGUUUUAUCUGUUACAUACAGGUUUAUCCUCAGUGCGACACUGAAGAGGUAUUUUGAGCUAUUGUGCAUAUAUUGUGGCCAGUACAACGAAACGGUUCCUGUAGCAUUCGUUUUGGGCUUUUACGUUUCACUUAUUGUUCAACGUUGGUGGGAACAGUUCCUAGCAUUACCAUGGCCUGAUCGUCUGGCUUUGUUUAUAACAGCUUUUUGUCAUGGGAACGCUGAACGCCCAACAAGAAUCAGGCGAAAUAUAGUUCGAUAUAUCAAUCUAUCUUAUUGUAUUGCUUUACGUGCAAUCUCAUCUCGAGCUCGCUUGCGUUUUCCGACAGAAGAACAUCUUGUUACUGCAGGAUUGAUGACACAAGAAGAAUUGGAUAUUUAUCGUAGUACUCAACCCAGUGAAUAUACUUUAUACUUUGUUCCGUUAGUAUGGGCCCUAGAUAUGGUUACAAAAGCUCGUGAAGAAGGCUACAUACGCUUUGAUAGAGCUGUAGAAAUUUUGACGAAUGAAAUCACAUCAUUUCGUAGUAAAUUAGGUACAAUAUUUGCUUAUGAUUGGGUUAAUCCUCCACUCGUGUAUACCCAAACUGUAACAAUUGCUGUAUAUGGAUAUUUUGGUACAUGUUUACUUGCGUGGCAGUAUUUAGACCCAUCGAAACAAUAUGAAGGUCAUGAUGUUGAUAUUUAUGUGCCAAUUUUCGGUUUACUACGUUUCUUCUUCUAUAUUGGAUGGCUGAAGGUUGCAGAGUCAUUAAUUAAUCCAUUUGGUGAAGAUGUUGAUGAUUUUGAAAUUGAAUAUUUAAUUGAAAGAAAUUUACAAGUUUCUUAUCUAAUUGUCGAUGGAAUGCAUCAUGAGCAUCCUGAUCUUGUACGUGAUGCAUACUGGAAUACUACAGACAUUGUACUACCAGACUGGACAAAAAUUGCAACUGAUGGCGGUGCUGCAGAAGCCAAUUUGGACGCAUCAGAAGGAGCUGAUAAAUUUAUUGGCUCGUUAGCAAAUAUUGAUGUUACCGAACGUAGACCAAGUGUAUUAUUUUGGAAUAGUUCAAAUCUGCACCGACGAAGGACAUCUUCAACGAGUGCAAAGUAAGUUUGUUUCUAAAUAGUUUUUAAUACAGCUAUAUGAAUAAUUGUGUGUAAAGUCCAACUAUCAAAUUGUGAGGUUAUUACUGCUGGACAGAUCAAUGAAAAUAUGAAAGUUCUUAUCUCGUGAAUUAGUCUAUGUAUUUUUUUGUUUGUUUAGUAAACAUUGGGCUUAUAGUGUUUUUAGAUCUUCCAGUUGUAAAUUUUCGUUUCAUUCGUUAACUAUUACCAAAUCUUUGGCAGAUUUAUACCAUAAAUGUAAAUUGAUUUUUCACCGAACAGUGACCAAUAUUGUGUUUGUCCAGUUUUUUAUUACUGACCGAAUUUCAUCAAUCAAUUUGCAGUGGGGACAAUAAUCUACGUGACUGAACAUCAUGUGCAUUAUGUUUUGAUGUUAGAUGAUCAGAAGUAGUUGACAACAACACCCUGGAACUAGGUUCCACGCUAGUUGGUACUCGUCAAUAAGACGAACCUUCAAGCUUGUUCAAGGAGGUUAGUCGCUGCCUGAAUAGCUCGCUGUUAGUGUGUCGGGCUAUCAAGCCGGAUUGCACAAGUUUGAAUCCUAUAUGAAUAGUCAGUUCUCUGAAGUUUUGAGGCACCAUUUUCUGACGACUACCGACUAACAAGAAACCUAGGUCCAAGGUAUCGUGUCUACUAUCUCCGUUCACUUAUUGCCGAAAAUAUCUUUGGUAAGUACACAUCGCAGUUAAUUAUUUAUAGUACAUCAUCGUCAUGUAUUUUAUACAAACGAAUUCUACACAGUACUGAGAUGGCUUUUCUAGUGUUCUGAUUGAUAAUUUUGAGGCAGGUGAAGAUUUCGAGUAGGGAAUCGAACAUUACCCUGCAAGUUGACUGGUUUUAUAAAAUUAUCAUUGUUAGCGUAGGCAAGAUCACAGCAGAAAUCAAUAUAGUAACUAUAAUAAUCAAAAGCAUCGUUUUAGUCCAUGGUGUAUAAGUAUCUGAUAAUUGAAUCACAAUUACAAAUAAACACUCAUUUAUGGCAUUUAUCGUACAUCAUAUUGUUCAAUGCAUUAAGUAGGUGAAAUUGAUUGACAUUAGAUUUGCGUUUAAUCUCUAGUUUAGGUUAUUUGUCAGUCACUAGUUCCACUUUUCAGUUCAUGGUUGUUUUUUUUCUAAAAAAAUUAACUUGGAAAAUACCAUCUUGUUGACUACUUAACAAAUGGAUUCAUGAAUUACAUAGACAUAAAUUCUGUAAAUGUACUUCAAUUUAUUGUUGAAGUCGGAUGAUAAAGUUUAGAAAUUCAGUGUAAAAUAGUCCGUCAGUCAGUCAUACGCAACGUAUAACCUGGGACAUAUGUACAUCGACGCAAAUUGGGAUACUUCAAAAGCACAGUGGAAUGAAAAUGUCGGUACAAAUUCCAGAAAUGGUAGAAUUAGUAAGUGUUAGUAAUAGAAAAAAAUAGUAAUCUAACAUGCGAUUAGAGAGAAUAUAAAUUAGUGGAAUAAAAAACAAACAAAGAAUUUACAAAUUUAAGAUCUAUGAGAAAGACAAAUAAUGAAUAAUUUUGAGCCAUUUCAUCCAAAAUCUCUAACUCUUGGUUACGAUAAUUACAUGAACCUCAUUUAAGUAGUUUGCUUAACAAAACAAUGUUAACGGGGGAAAUAGAAAGUUCCUAAGUCAGUCUCUUAUAAUAAAAGCUGAACACUCAUAAUUAACUAUUUUUUUCUCAUAAAUUUCACUACAAGUAGCCAAUGUUAUUGGAGCCCCCAAAUGCCCUGGUAUGGCCGAAAGUGGGGUAGGUUUGCCCCCCCUCUCGAACUGCUCUCACACGGUCACGCGUAUACAGCCUCUGUCAGGGAAGUCCUACU